AUGGAACUAAAUAUUAACUGAAACUCUACGUCGGUAAUUGCAGUUUUUGGACGUCCCGAACGUUCAUAGUCUUCCAAGCCCUUACGGCCACGUUUAAAUUCAGCUGCCCAAAUUUUCACUGUGGUAAAUGAUGGGGCAGUGUCCCAGUACACGGAAUCGCGUAGGCGUAUUGCCUUUUAAAAACAACUUAUUUAACGACAGCUCGAUACUCGAUUUAGUCCAUUUUCACAAAAACAAUCACAUCGAAUCAAUCAGACUGCGCGUCCAAAAUACCUUAAACUUUGGUCUUCGGAUACCAUCAGGAUGCUUGAAGCAGAGCAGUUGGUGAGCAGUUUGUUGGUAGGUGAAAAAGUAAGCAGGGUCGGCGUGAGGUAGGUGCGAACUGCGCCGCAAACUGAGUAAAAUAGUGGCAAAAUAUAGAAGAAAAUGAAAGAUGAGCAUUUUCUGCUGUUCCAAGAAUACCUUAGAUGCACAUUACAGACCACAGCAAAAGUUUUUACCAAGCAGCAAACAUCCUUGCGUCGGCCCUUGAAGGUAGGACAGUGGCACACCAUUAUUUUAUCAUUAUAUCAAACUGUAACAAAAAUAUAUACAGAACGAAAAAAUAAUGUAUAGACUUUAGUAUAAAAAGUAAAAUAUAUGGAACAUUCAUUGGCUAAAAA